GUGUGUGUGUGUGUGAGACUGUGUGUGUGUGUGUGUGUGUGUGUGUGUGUGUGUGUUAACACAUCUCUACCUCUUGUCUCCUCCUCAGGCUCCUCAGAUGUAUCAGUACACCAUGUCGACUGUCAACCAGGGCAAAUACCCCAGAGCCAAAGGCCCGGUGGUGGGACAGCGUCCGGAGCACCACGCCUCCCAGGCCUCCUCCAUGAUCUCAGCCGCAGCCUCGGCAGCAGGACCCCCGUUGGUGGCCUCGCCGUACCCCCAGUCCUACCUGCAGUACGGCCAGGUGAUCCAGGCCCUGCCCCCCCACUACCACGGACAGCCGGUCUACUCGAUGCUUCAGGGAGGAGCCAGGAUGUUGACCUCGGGGGCCCCUCCUCAGCAGAUGGGUCCUCCGGGCCCCCAGUACCCCGGCCAGGCUGAGGGCCCCCAGGGGCCACAACAGGCUAUGUAUGCUCAGUCGUUCUCUCACCAUGCGGGCGCCCUCCAUCACCCUCAGCCCUCCAGCACCCCGACUGGGAACCAGCCCCCCCCCCAGCACAGCGCUCCCAGUCCAGGACACAAUCAGUCGAGUCAGGCGGGUCCUCAGCCUCAGUCCAUGUUCCACACUGGAGGUCUGCAGGCCCCGACCCCUCCCAACCUGCAGCCGGGCCACAGCUCCCCCCAGGCCUCGUACGCCAUGCAGGGGUACAGCCUCCCCGGCCACCAGCCUCUGCCCCACGGCUUCCCCUCCAUCAGCCAGCUCACACAGGCUCACGUCACAGGAGGCAUAUCAGGACCGCACCACUCGGCGGGUCACGGCCUGCCGCCCGUCAUGCUGCACUACGUCUCUCCUCAGCAGGGCGGGGGCUCCAACCCCCAACACGGCCCCCAGCAGGGGGCCCCGCAACACUUCUACAUCGGACACCCACAAGCUCUUCAGGUCCAGGCUCACCCCACCCAGCAGCUGUCCUUCCACCCCUCUGCAAACUGAACCCUCACAUCCGGCCUCAGGAGUGAAGAUGAGCAUUGCUGUGUGACGACACCCCGCCCCUUUAAAAUAAUUAAACGUGAAUAAAUGAUAAUAAUCUUCAAACAAGUCGUAACAUUCCCGCCUCAUGACGUGAAACUAAUGCAUCCUCAUUCUGACCCACAGCAUCUUUAGGCAGGAAGAGGUUUCUGUAUUUUAAAGUGUAAAUAGAGUGUUUUCACAGUGAAGCUGGACGGCAGACGUUAAACGUUGGAAACUUCAAGACUGAAGACGGUGGAAACAGUUUUUCUUCUCGUCCCCCCUCUUUUGUCCUUUUACAGACGAAACCAGUUCAUUAAUAAUAAAACCACUGAAUUAAAAA